ACCAGCUGCACACGAGGUGACUGUGCAUAGGAUGGAAGAGUCUUUAGCCUGUACUUACUGAUGAAGAACUAAAUCAAAGUAGUGUCAAAACCAGCACAUGACAGUGGAUCCAGUGGCUUAAUACACUUCUUUCAUCUGCUCAGCCAAGACAAGAUGUCACAGCAAGCAAAGGUGAAUGUGGAGCAAAAACUGCCUCAAAACACAAGGAGGAGUUUCAGCUUCUCAUCUCUCCGGAUUAAAAAAAGGCCCAACAGUUAUAGAGAGGGUGCAUUUCAACAGCGGAGAGGAUUGCUGUCUUUUUCAUCAGUCCGGGAGACAUCAAGAAAGGAGUGGGACCCAGAUGAAGAUGGUUCCUCACAACUACACAGUACUCGGGACCAGAUGAAGAGGACAGGUAUGCUACAAGGUGAGCAGCCCAGAGGUAACCUCAUCUCUGACAUGGCUGAGAAAGAUAGUGCCAUCCCAUCAAGUGAAGAUGAAGGUGGACGACAAGGGGCCCUCAAGAGGUUCAGUGCCAUGUGGUCCUCCCUCCGCAAAGGCAAAAGAGAUAGAGUCAAAGACCCGGAGCCUUCAGAGUCACCGGGCCCAGCAGAGGCAGACAACACAUCCAGGCAGCACCGCUAUGUCAGUGGUCAGUACUUCUUUGAGUAUCUGGUGGUGGUCAGCCUCAAGAAGACCAGGGAUGGCAGCAGCUAUGAGCCUCAGAUCACCUACCAGUUUCCCAAGAGAGAUGGGAUGGUGAGAUAUCAGAAGGAGGAGGAGGAGAAGACGCUGAAGGCAAUCACUCUGUUUUGUUUCCCAGAGGGCAUCAACUGGGCUCCUCUGACAGAAUACCACAGUGAGACCUUCUCCUUUGUUCUGACUGAGGUUGAUGGCAGCAGAAGAAACGGAUACUGCAGGAGGUUACUGCCUGGAGGGAAAGGAGCUCGCCCACCUGAGGCGUACUGCAUCAUCAGCAGCCUGGCGUGUUUCGGCCUCUUCUCCAAGAUAUUUGAUGAGGUGGAGAAGCGGCGGCAGAUUUCCAUGGCUAUGAUCUACCCAUUCAUGCAGAAGCUGCGGGAGGCCCCAUUCCCAGCUCCGGGAAACACUGUGGAGAUUAAGAGCUUCAUUCCUGAGUCGGGCACUGAGAUCAUCAGUCUGACCCGUCCACUGGAUUCCUGGCUCGAACACGUCAACUUCGCCAAGCUUUUCAGCUGCCUGACAGAUGACGAGGUGUUACUGGUGUUUGCUGCUGCUGUCCUGGAGAGACGGAUCGUUUUCAUCGCUGAUGAACUGGGCACGUUAUCCCAGGUCAUUCAUGCAGUAGCAGCCCUCCUUUACCCCUUCACCUGGCAGCACACCUUCAUCUCCAUUGUUCCGGAGAUCCUGAUCGAUGUAGUGAUGGCACCCACCCCCUACCUGCUGGGAGUCCAGAAACGCCUGCUGGACGAGGUCACCGACCAGAGUGAUCUGCUGGUGGUCGACUUGUCUGAGGAUAAAACGAAGACCUUCAUUGUUUCAAUUGGUGAUGAAGACUCUAUUCUUCCCCCGAAGCUCCAAACUGAAAUACGAGAGGUACUAAGUACAAGACAAAACAAAUCAACGGUGGAGGAGCUGAACCGGGUGGUGUCGGAAGCCUUCCUACAGUUCUUUGUUAAAACAGUCGGCCAUUACAGCUCUUAUGUGAAAUACAGCCAUGCAGGAGGGCAGGGGGUGUUUGAAAAGAGAAGGUUCUACAAGGCCAUUGAUUCCAAGACUACUCGACACUUUGUCAAAAGGUUCAUCCAGACACAGAUGUUUGACCUGUUUAUCCAGGAGGUGGAGCAGCAGCAGCCUGGACGACAGCCGUCAGGAAUAUUUCACAAAAAGAUCCUUGAAUACCAAGAGAAGAAGAAAAGUGAUAAGACAAAGAAACACUAGCUCUCAGGGUCCCUGGGUGUGUAUAAAGGAGUGCAUAGGAGAAGAUGUGAAUGUUGUGUGUUUUAUGUCCUGUGUCAGUUUGGUUUUAAGUAUGUGUGUAACAAUGUGUGAAUUACUGUAUGCUAUCUUGCUGCUACUCUGUGAAACACUGGCAGAUUGACAGACUUCAGAUCCAUGUGUUGGUCCUCAGCCUGUGGCCAAAGUGUGUCACUGAUGAGCAGGAAAAUCAUUUCAAAUAAAGACUAGUUUUCCAGUCCACGCACCUGCAGUCUCUGAUUUUUAGGCAACGAGGCCCCAAUGGCUGGUCGCCUUUUGUCCGUUUUGGUUUAUAUCUGUCUAAUGUUCUUUUACAAUCUUUCUUUUCUCACUCUGUUUCUUUAUUUGUGACUGACAAGUGAUCUAGAAUCUAAAAAGUAGGAAAUAGAGCUGAGCAGUCCAGUUCUCUCUCAAAAGAUUUACAAGUGGUUCCCAACCUGUGAGCUGGGGCCCACUGGUGGACUGUGAAUGUAUUGCAAGUGGGCAUGCAAAUAAUUUGCAAAACAGUACGAUUUGUGUGAA